AUGGCGGCUACAGCAUCAGCCCAUGAAAUGCGCUUGCGAGAUGUAUUUGAUCUAGUAGCAACCAACGAUCUUACAAGUCUUCUUACCGUGAUAUGCAACAUAAAUCCUUUCGACUGUAGCCCUGGCUUAAAAUGUCUGCUUGAACGGAUCAAGGAAGGCAACUCUGAUACUAAUCCAUACAUCGCUGUGUUAAAAGAGCUAGAUGUUCAUACAAACACUAUAUCGACUUCUCGGGAUGCUUUGGACAACACACCAUUACACAUCGCCGCCGGUAUGGGCUACGCCUUGAUGUUGGAGGCCCUUUUGUUAGAGUGCACGUGCGAAGUGAAUGCUCGCAAUUCCCUUGGCUUUACGUCACUCCAUUUAGCCUCUCGCCAAGGUCAUCUUGAGUGUGUAAAGCUUCUUUGCGCUCAUGGCGCCGAUGUGCGUCUUCUUACAAGCCUUACCGAAGGGGAUCCAUUUUUCCGUGGCCGCAGCGCACAAUUUCUGGCUCACUGGAACGGGCACGAGUAUGUCUUAAGGUAUCUUCAAAAAUGGAUUCCGCGGACGAACCCCGGCGCUAUCCAAACAUUCGAGGACGUGACGGAAAACGCCGAUGCGUGCGGCAAGGGGCACCGUGAGUGGAUUGCCGUAGCCCAGCAAGAGGAUGUGGCUCGUUUUGCUGAACUUUUUGAAAUCAUGGACUGCGUUGGGUGCACAAAUGGACCAAUACCAGAUUACACGAGUAAUACUAGUGGCAGAGUGGUUGUAGUGCCUGAAUUAAACAUGGACAUAGUUAUGAACAUCAUUCUUGCAGUUAUUCCAUCAGACAGCGACAUGACAGAAGCUCAGCACUUCAUUUUCGAGGGGUUCUUGUCCCGUGGUUAUGUUUCAAUGGAUUGGCCAGAAAAAAGCUUUGAGAAUGAGCAUAGUCUUGACUCUCCAGAUUCAAUUUUAAGCCGAAUAAUCAGUGGGGGCCAUGUACAAGCUUUACGUACUGUAUGUCGAUAUGGGCUACGCAAGAGUUGCCUUUGUUUUUUGGCUUUAGAUAUUCUUAACAUGUCUGAGGAAUCUACACCGACCAAUCUUAUCAAUAUGAGGCACAUUUUAGCGGAGGCAGUGGUGAGAACGAAAUAUGAACAGGCUUUAGAGUUUUAUCGUAAAAAGUAUAGCAGUUCUGCUCGGAAGAAAAAAGCAUGGUCCGCUAAGUGCACAUUAAGAAUAGCACAAAAAGAAUUAGCUAGAGUGAACAUAGAACCUCUUACUUUUUCAAUGUAA